CCCUUUCCGGUUGCCUGUCUCCCCUGGGUUUGCGAUCUCUCCCUGGCAGGCCUGGCCUCUCCUUGUGUGAAUGCUGCCAUAAAACAUAAUGAAUAAUAAUCACCUGCUUUGUACAGAAAACAACGCGUGGGCCUGUAGCCCCUUAGAGACUAACUGAAAUAGAAAUCGCACCAUGUGCUUUCGUGGGCACAGCCUCAGAUGAGAGUGAAAAAGAAAGGGGGAACCUCCCCAAAAGAAGGGAGAGGGGAAGGAAAGAAAACUGUCACUUGUAGUGCUAGUGCUAACUGUUGUGAUUCUCUAACUUCUCAGGGCAGUGUGGAAACGAAGAUGACUACAGCCGUUGUGCCAAGCAGCCCUCUGCCUUCACUAGAGGACAGACACAUGUAUUACAUCUUGACAGAUGAUUUUCCCUAUGGCAGCAAGCUCUUUCAAGCUGGGAGCAUGUGCUUCCUCAAAGAGAAGACUUACCUGCACAGCAUUGCCUGUGUCGGGACUUCCACUCAGUACUUGAGGGUCACCAUGCUGGAUGACAAUUCCAUAGUCACUGUCAAAGCAGAAAUUCUUCAUCCCCUGCCUGAGGAGGAAGCUGUUUUCCUUCUGGCCAUUAACACCCUCAGUGAGCGCUUGAACUGUUUCCUGGACAGGCAUAGCCUUGAAGAAGCAGUGAAGGCUACAGUGGGCCAGCAAGUGACAGUGGAUCUCAACCAGCAACUGUUCACUGGUACCAUUCGCUACAUUGGGAAGAUCAGCAAGAACUCUUCAUCUUCCCCACACAGCCCAUCCUACUUUGGGGUGGAAUUGCAGGGUGGUGGUGAAGGCAGAGGCCACUGCGAUGGCACCUAUAACGGCUCUGAGUAUUUCAAAUGUAAGCAGAACCAUGGGCUCUUUCUGCCGGUUAACAAAAUCAAGUUUAUCCCAGUGCUGGACUGUGACUCAAUGAAAGAGGAACCCCAACCAGAUGUGGAUGAGAUUGUUCCUGUAAAAGUGGGGGACACAGUUGGCUUCUACCUGGAUGAGGUCUUCAGGCAAGGAGUUGCUAUGGAUGUGCACAAGGAGGGAACCCAGUGGUUUGUUAAAGUUUGUCCGGAAGAAGAAGGAACAACAGAUGUUUUCAGAGAAAUCCCUAUGGAUUCUGUUGUGAAGGAAGGGCUGCUCUCCUCAGAAUUCGAGCCAGACAUGGCUCCGGGAUCUCUGAGACAAAUAAAGCGAGAGAGAAGCGAGAGUGGUGAGGAUUUGGAAAGUGGAAAACAUUCCCUGGAUGUGAACUCCGUGGUACAGAUCACCUUGGACAAAGGGAAUUCGGUCACUGGAAUCAUCCGCUGGUUGGGAUACCUGCCCAACAUUAAGCACAGAAUGGCCGGGGUUGAAUUAGAUCAAGAGAAGGGGAUCACAGAUGGCGAAUGGCAAGGUAUGCGCUACUUUCACUGCCCCCCUAAGCGUGGCCUUUUUGUGAAGCUGCAGUCAUGCCAGCCUGACAUGCGCUUCCAGAGUGUGAGCAUCACCCCCCUGGACGCCAGCACUUCCGGUGAGAUAGAUGGUCCUCAGGUUCUGGCUAAUUCUCCUCUCGAGAAUGGCGCAGCUGUGCAAGUUUUACAAGGGCGGAUGAGAGGAAUUCAAGGCCACUGCAACUCCUGCUACAUGGAUGCUGCCCUUUUCAGCCUUUUCUCCUGCACCUCUGUGCUGGACUCCAUGCUCUUCAAGCCGUCCCUACCACCCAGUGGGCACGUCCAGAAGAUCCUCCGGGAUGAGAUCGUGAAUCCCCUCCGACGGAAUGGCUUUGUUGCCGCUAGUAGUGUGAUGCACCUGCGGGAGCAGCUGACGGAGAAGGGCCAGUGUUCAAGCUUUACUACGUCUGAGAAAGACCCUGAGGAGUUUCUCAACCUCAUCAUGCAUCACAUCCUGGGAAUAGAGCCACUACUGAAACUGCAGUCCGGAGGCCAGAAGGAGCAGGAGUGUUACUAUUACCAGAUAUUCAUAGACAAGCAAGAGGAUCUGGUGGUGCCCAACGUGCAGCAGUUAGUGGAACAUUCCUUCCUGUCUUCCAGUCUCAAGCUAGUGGAGAUCCCCUCCUGUUUCAUUAUCCAAAUGCCCCGGUUCGGGAAGGAAUAUAAAAUGUUCAGCAAAAUCAUUCCCUCCUUGGAGCUGGACAUCACGGACCUGCUGCUCGACAGCCCCCGGGAGUGCUUUGUGUGCGGGGACAUCGCCACCCAGGAGUGCUCCGAGUGCUUCAGAGACGCGGUGUUUGCCGACAUGGGGAUGAAGCAGUACUGCAACUCCUGCUGCAGACAGGUUCAUUCUCACUACCGGCGCAAAACGCACAGGCCGACAACGCUGCACGUCCCUGAAGCGUUUCAGGUCAGGAGCCAGAUGGGCAGCCCACGCAUCCCGCGGGAGAGGAUGGAGCUCUUUGCAGUGCUCUGCAUAGAGACCAGUCACUAUGUCUCCUUCGUGAAGUACGGGCCGGAGAAAGAGAACUGGAUGUUCUUCGACAGCAUGGCUGACAGGCACGGUGAUGAGAAUGGCUAUAACAUUCCCAUCGUCAAGCUGUGCCCUGAAGUUGCCAAAUACCUGCAGUUGCCAGGGGCAGCGCUGGCAAUGGAGCAGCCCCGGGACAUGGAAGGCGUGGCCAAGCGCCUCUUCUGUGACGCCUACAUGUACAUGUACCAGAGCAAGAAAAUGUCACUUUACAAAUGACACCAGCCUGGCAGGGAGAGACCUUGCUAUCCGCAAGCAGAGCUGAGACUCACUGGAAAUGGGGGCAUGGCUCAGACCAGUCGGUAGCUGCCAGCUGUUGCUAAUUGAGAAAAGCCAGCCAGAGUCCGGGUCAAAUGACCUUUCAGCUUUGCCUCUGCUAACCUCUUCCAAAGUCUGCUAUCAGGCUGUCGAUAAGAGCAGCCUUCGGUGGCUGGCUUUACCCGAGCAACAGUGCGAAUCCAGACUCUGAACUGCUGUUCGCACUUUUACGUAUGUUGAGUGAGGGAACUUCACCUUCACCCCAUUCCUCCGCCCACACCCUGGAUUUCUGUCCUUCUUUCCUGUCCACAGUUACAGGCCCACCAGAACCCCUCCAGCCUUCUGCUCUCCCAGUGAACGCUUCCCCAAAGGUUAGGAAUCAAGCAGCCCGAGUCAAGGCGUGGGCCGUGACGCUCAGGUUUUCAACAAAGCACAAGCGAUCUGCACUAGCCCUCUGGGUGACAUUUCAGUUCACGGGCUUCCUGCCUGUAAACGCAAAAGUGCCUCAUAGAUGAUCAGGAGCCAAACAUCUCAGGAAGGAAAUUUUGUUCACAUCUGCACUGAAGUCUGUGGUAUGGGCUGUGAUCCUGAAGUCUCAGUAACUGGGGCUAUACCGAGCAGCCCAGUCCUUUGGACGCAGACCUGCCCUCAUUUAUAACUCUCUCGUGUGCCUUUACUUCCCCAGUUCAGCACCAGUGUCUCUGACACGCUGCUUAACUUCAGUAGCACGUUUUGUUGGAAGUCCCCUCUGGUUAGCCAUGACAUUUGGCUCGAGACUUGAAACAGCAACACAAAGCUUCAAGCUGCACUUUGAACAAAAAUGUAAUGUUAAGAACAAAACUAGGGAAGAAACAGUCGAAACCAGCAUAGGAAUGUCUUCUCCCAGGGCUGCGUGAUUGCUCGGCGCAUGCGGCUUUUAACGGUAGCUCGUUAUUUUAAAACUCAUUGUUCUGAUUUCCUGAGGUACAUUGUGGAACAGCAGUUACCCAGCAAACCUCCCAGAAAAGAUGCUUUUUAAACUUGAACAUGUUCAGCUUUUCCGUCCAGCACUGGACCAAAGGUUAGGGUCCAUCUCGGGGGAGUCACUGGCUUUUAACUUUUUUUUAAAACAGCAAAGCUAAUGCUUGCAAAUUUGGUGCUGAGCCUGCAGCAUAGUGUGUGGUCUCAUGCUGGUAGGAGCCCACUAAGAGAACCAGUAGUAUGGAGCAGAUUGCCCGUACUUCACCCCACCGAAGUCCACAUGGACAACUUGUCGAGAAGCUGAAGGCAGUGCCCUGGCUGGGCGUAGAGCCGGUAGCUGAUCACAGCUGCUCUCUUUCUUACCUGCAAUGCGGAGCUGCGACUCGCAGCAUGUAACACUGCGCUGCUGUGACUAAUCUGUCGCUCAGGGGACAACAUUGUGUUGUCGUGAUGGGCUGCCCCUUUCCAGCAGAGAUGAAGGAAGUCGUGGUUCAUAGCACCAUUGGUUGCUUGGGGCCCGGGGUUUGGCCACUGUGUUAACCAGUGCAGUGUUAAACAUCGGUGUUAGCUCAUAACAGCCUGUUACUGUUUGACAUGCAUUGCGCUCUUUCCACGGGAGGGCCCCUUUCAGCUGUUGGGCAAAUUAUCCCCAGAAUGAACUUUAGAUUUGCCAAAAGGCCUUGAGGACAAGAGCAAAACUGUUAACAGGCACAGAAACCAAAGUUACAGCUGUGCUGGUGGCAGAGAGAAGGCAGGAAACGCAGGCGGCGAAUGUCGCUUCUUAGAUGUCACCCUGGAUUUUGAAGGUUUUGCCCUGAGGAACUGAUCCCGACUGGUGCUGAGCACCGGUAACUCCCAUCGCCCAGGGGCUUGUGGACACACUGCCCCUCUCGACAUCACCCUGCUGUAUAUAUGUUAGCACCCGUGUCUGCACCAGGCCUGGGCGGGAAGCUUUUGCAGGUUCUAAGGUAACACAGUAGCAGUGUAUGGCACGUGGGCUGCAGGAAGGCAGGAGGUUUGAAAGCCUCCAGCAGACACCAGCCCAAAAUAGCUACCUCCCCUAGAGCUGGCUUCUGUUAACGUAUCAGGUCCCUGUUCUCCAGGUGCCCUUUGCUUCUCUUGCCUCUUCGUUGGGCGUCUGAACCCCACGUUCUUCCAUUCUUCCACUCCCUGCUCCAUCACGGCUUCUGCCUGGGGAAAUCAGGAGAACUUUGGGCCAUAGGCCUCCCUUGGCAAUAACGGGGUUCUUCUCUAAUAGAAACUGACCUGCUGCUCUUGCCUUGACUAAUGCCCUGUUAGCUACAGGGCAGUAGAAAUCUCUUUCUCCGUUGUCUUGGCUGUUCAGGCCUCAGUUGGAUUUCUCCAUAAGAGGCCCCCUGACAGCUCUGGUCUCCUCUCAGGUAUAUCGCGGGCCAGGGUUCUGUGUCUCAAAGGCCCAUCCUGGGGCUCCGAAAGGGGUGUGUCAGUUUUUCUGGGCUUUGCAAUGUAAACAUUGACUCUCACAUUGAUGGCUUUUACUGUCCAUGUGUAUAGGAUUUGUUUCUCUUUGUAUUUCUAAGCACAAGACACUUCUCGUAGGAAAAAAAUGUUUAAAAAGUGCCUUAUUGACAUGACCUCGCUCUGCACGGCAGACAGAACGAGCCAUGCUUUCUAAGCCGAUGCAGGCUGCCUCCUGCAGCUCUGUAGUUUCUGUUGGUUAUGCACACCGCAAAAACACCAAAGCAGCUUUCAGCACUUUCGAAAGGAAGGUCUGAUCAGGACAAUAAGUGGGGUGCACAAAUCCAGUCAGAUUUCCCUGCAUCCAUCUUGCAUUAGAGCACCCAGCACUACAGUGCAGUAUCCUCACAUCUCAAGGUGGAAAGGUUUCAAAGCCAGAUUAAGUGCCAGCCAUUCAUUUUUGCCUAAGGGUGCUGCUGGCUUAUAACAUGGAAAAUGCAGACAGACUCCUGGUUCAGACAGACCUCACCUGGUGCUAACAGCAGUCACUCAGUAGUGAUUGCUGAGCCAGUAAGGAAUUCUGUGCCCGAGAUUGUAGUGUGGGUCAUGUUUUCUGUCCUGUUUGAACCUCUGUUUUACAGGCUUGUUGCUGUUCAUGAUUGAUGCCUUUGUCUCGUUGUAUUGGUUUCUGCAGCUUUGCCUUAAAUUGAUUUGGGGAAGAGAA